AUGUGUAUGCGAAAAAGUCCGAUGUGCAAACAGCAGGGCUGCACAACUGCUUUUUGUGCAACGGAUUUUGUUGAGUGCGCUAAGCGACAGCUGACACAGCUAUCUCAUCGGUCGGCCUAACCAUUUUUGAUAUAGCUCUCCAAACGAAGGUGUUAUUUCAAUCUACAGUGACUAGCGAAAUUAUUUUGGAAUAUCAUCAUAGGAUCAUAUUUGAAUAAAGCGCGUGAAAUAAAAUUGAAGUGAAAAAUCGUUGACUCAGGGAAGAGGUCUUGUUUAGAAAAAAAUCGGAAAAUUCGAAAACAUCAAAAAUGAAUUUGAAAAUUUUCCUAGCAUUAUCCAUUUUCGUAACGCUUUCAAAUGGAUACAAGGUGUUAUUUAUGGGUACUUUCAACGGAAAGAGUCAUUCCUUGAACAUGCAAUCGUUUGUAAAGGCACUUUUAAAUCGCGGACAUGAAGUUACAUUCCUAACAAGUCAAUCGAUGGGCAACGUGAACUUGGCAAAUUACACAGAGAUUCUGAUUGACCCACCAUUUGAUAUUCAUUCAUUAUUUCUACAAGAUAUGUUGCUCACGAUGGGGGAAAAAUCAGCGUUUACAGCAAUUUCUGAUAUACCAGCAUACAUCCAUGUGAUGAAUGCUUAUGCUUUUGAAAAUCCAAACGUUCAAAAGUUGAUUCACUCCACUGAUCUCCAUUUUGAUGUCGUCAUCAAUGAGGAAUUUUUUGCCGAUAGCUUUUUGAUGUUUGCUCACAAAUUUAACGCUCCAAUUGUUACAAUUUGUCCAUUCGGGAUCGCUAAUCAUGUUGAUACACAACAGGGAUUAAUGACACCAUGGAGUAUAGCUCCACAUUGGAUGUUGCCAUAUACCGACGAUAUGACAUUUUAUCAACGAUGGUAUAAUUCAUUAGUCAGUUUGUAUGAUGUGUACAUACGCCACUUUUGGUAUCUGCCAGCAGAGGACGCACUUACAAAGAAGCACUUUGCCCACUUGGCACCAUUGCCAUCAUUGAGCGAUUUGGUAAACAAUAUAUCCGUUAUGUUUGUGAACAAUCAUCGAGCUCUUUCGCCUCCACGGCCGGCCAUGCCAGGAACCAUAAACAUCGGCGGAGCUCAUAUUAAACCUGCCAAACCGUUACCAAAAGAUCUUCAAACAUUCUUAGACGAAUCAAAGGACGGAGUUAUUUAUUUCAGCUUGGGUACAGUGAUGCAAAGUUCGAAAUUACCAAGACAUAAAAUCGAAGCCUUCUUAGACGCAUUCAGAAAUCUGAAGCAACGUGUGCUGUGGAAGUUCGAAGAUGAUUCAUUAACCAAUGUUCCAUCAAACGUAUUCAUCCUAAAAUGGGCGCCACAAAAUGAUGUUCUAGCGCAUCCAAAUGUGAUUCUGUUCAUUUCACACGGUGGGUUAUUCGGAACGUCUGAGUCACUGUAUCACGGUGUGCCGCUUUUGUUGAUCCCAUUCUUUGGAGACCAGCAGCGCAACGCACACAGAAUCGCCACGGCCGGCUACGGAAAAUACAUCACAUUUUCUGCCAUAACCAAAGAGACAUUUUCGGAGAAAAUCAAUGAGCUCAUUUCUGAUAAGUCCUACUUCAACAAAGCCAAGCAAACAUCAGCCAUUUUCAAAGAUAACAUCGCACAUCCUAUGGACGAAGCCAUGUUCUGGAUCGAACACGUCGCCAAAUUCAAGGGUGCAAAGCACUUUCAAUCACACGCUGUUCACAUGUCGCUGUUCUCAUAUCUACUACUUGACGUUCUAGCCGUGAACGUGCUUGGAGU